CAAGGGCGGUGCGGUAGGGACAGGGGCGUCCCCGAGGUCGGCAGGGACAGACCCGGCGGCCCCGCCCCACCCCGCCUCCGCCCAAGGCUAUAAGACUGCGCGGCUGGCGGGUGGUGGCGCAGGCCAGGAGCGGGCGCCGGCUGUGCAGAGAGCCAGGCCCUGACACCCCAGCAGACAGCGGCGAAGGAAGCAGCCACCAGGUCCAGGAACGUGGGCGCUGUCCAGAGCCAGCACGUCGCGGGAGCUCCGCCACGCGCGCCGCCCCAUGAAGCCGCCCUCCGCGCAGGGCAGCCCGGCGGCCGCCGCCGCCGCAGCCCCAGCCUUGGAUUCUGCUGCGGCUGCAGACCUGACCGAUGCUCUAUGCGAGUUUGACGCGGUGCUGGCGGACUUCGCGUCGCCGUUCCACGAGCGCCACUUCCACUACGAGGAACACCUGGAGCGCAUGAAGAGGCGCAGCAGUGCCAGCGUCAGUGACAGCAGCGGCUUCAGCGACUCAGAGAGUGCAGAUUCACUGUACAGGAGCAGCUUCAGCUUCAGUGAUGAAAAGCUGAAUUCUCCCACUGACUCUGCCCCAGCUCUGCUCUCUCCCACGGUCACACCCAGGAAAGCCAAAUUAGGAGACACAAAAGAGCUAGAAGACUUCAUUGCUGAUCUUGACAGAACAUUAGCAAGUAUGUGAAGCAAGGAGUUUGGGGUCUUUGAAUCACAAGAAUGAAACUCCAGAAGCCUUUUGAGGACCUGGCAAAAUCAGCUACUAGAAUCUGCUGUGGGAAGGGACAGGGCUGAGCUCACCUGCCCUCAGGCCAUUCUCAGUUUUUCCUAACAUUAGCUGUUGGGCCCAUCUCUGGGCAGUUUAGACAGUGGAACUGAUUUUGUUUACCUGCCUGCAGCAUAUUACAACAGAUGAUCUAUGCUAAUGUACUUUUCCUCUUAAAACCUAGCUCUCCUGUAAUUUAAAGUGCUUUUAUGAAAAUACUUGUAAUUAAUUAUAUAUAGUUGAAAAUAGUAAUAUGCUUUCCCCAUUAUAAUAUAUUUUUGUAUACAAAUAAAAUUUGAACCGGAGUCUGUA